CUCAACGGAUAAUAUUUCUGAGUGUGUUUGAAAUUGAAGAAUCGGAUAUAAAUAAUUUGUUUUUCUUACGUAAAAGUAAGGUAAAAAUUGUGUUUAAAGUGGUCAUAAUAGUGUCUAUUAUUAUAUACAUAUGGAGUGAGUAUCAACAAACAUGAGUAACACGGAACCGACGUCGAAUAGCAUCACGUUCACGCCGAAGCCGAUGUCGGCACUGCUGGCGAACUUGAUGCCUCUGAGAUAUGCCGCAGACACUCCCGACUCGAGCUUCUCCUCAGAGGACAGUGAAAAUUCUUCUGACGAAACUGUUAAAAAGCCCUCUCCUGAAAAGAAAUUAAGUAAAAACUUUUUUACCCCCAAUUUGAAGCAGAAACCUAAGGACAUCAAAGCGUUUGCAUCCGAGAAGAAGUCCACUUAUAACGAACACGACAAAGAGAAUGUCAACGAUAAGUGGGUCCCGCAUCAAACGUUCCCAUCCAAACAGAACUUUCAUAUACCAAGUUCGCGCAAUAACGUAAACUCCAACGUGUAUCCUACUUCUGAAGCAAAGCAGCGAGUGUUAAUGCCCCAGGAGAGCAGAACACAAAACUCUUGUAGUAAAAAGACUCCAGAGGCAAAAAAGUCAGCAACACCCAAAAUAAAGUCAGGUAUUAGAAGGUUUACGCCGGGGUCAAAACAAAAGAAAACUCCACAGAAAGCUUUAAUUCUAAAUAGAGAUAAAGUGAGAGUGGAGUUAUUCACACAGAAUCCUCCUGUGGAGGAGCCCCGGUGUCCGCCCCCGAGGGCUGAGCCCGCCCCUGCUCCGCCUCCUGCUCCUGCCCCUGCUCCUGCGCCUGUUCCUGAGACUCCACUGAACAAGAGAGUCAUGCCCCCCUCGUACAUGGCUACACCUUCAUAUCCUCAAGGCGUAGUGAACAAUAACUCAAAAGUGUUGUUUAAGACAACUAGAAUAAAGGAUAAGAAAUAUAUGUUCCUUAAAAAGCUGGGUGUUGGGGGCUCUAGUGAAGUGUACAAAGUACUAGAAGUGGGUACUUCCUGUGAGUACGCAGUGAAGUGUGUGUACUUGGCCACAGACCAGGACCUGGCUCAAGGCUACAUCAAUGAGGUGCGGCUUCUCCGGGAGCUGCAGAACUCUGACAGAGUCAUCAGACUGUUUGACUAUGAAUACGACCGCACCAAUCACUUCCUGCGCAUGGUGCUGGAGGUGGGCGAGACGGACCUCGCGUCGUUCAUGAAGGCGCGCGGCGCCGGCCUGCCGCCCGCGCUCGUGCUGCACUACUGGGAGGAAAUGCUGCACGCUGUUAAUUAUAUUCAUGAACAUGGCGUAAUCCACGCGGACCUGAAGCCGGCGAACUUCCUGCUGGUGUGCGGGCGGCUGAAGCUGAUAGACUUCGGCAUCGCGUCGGCCAUCAGCAGCGACGCCACGUCGGUAGUCAGGUCACAGGCCACCGGCACUUACUCCUACAUCAGCCCUGAGGCGCUCAUGGGCGGUGCGGGGGGGUAUGGCGUUGGUACCAGCGAUGGUAGUGCUCCGAUAAAGAUCUCAUUCCGUUCGGACGUGUGGUCGCUCGGCUGUAUCCUGUACAGCAUGGUGUACGGCCGCACCCCGUUCGCGCACAUCUCCAACCUCGCCAAGCUGGCCGCCAUACUCGACCCCAACCAUCGAAUUGAUUAUCCGCCUGUUGAGCACCUCCCUCCAUCACUGAUCUCGGCGCUGAAGUGGUGCCUGACGUACAACGCGCGGGCGCGGCCCUCCGUGCGCGAGCUGCUCAGCAUCCCCUACCUGCAGCCGCCGCGGGGCUCGCUGCCGCAGCCCCUGCUCGACAAGCUGCAGCCGCACGUCACCACGCAAGAGUUCCGAUUGCUGCAGAGAGCGCAACUCAACUAGACUGCCAUCUCAUGCUGCAUUGCCCGCUCUACGCUUAGCCCACGAACCGCGCGUGAUGGCCGCGAAAGGGCGCGAAUGCGCAGUGUGGAACCGUUUCGAAGGAUAUACGUACCGGCUCCUCACUUGGAGUUCGCGGCUAUCGCGGCCAGAGCGGGUUUGAUGAAAAUCACACGAGUCGUGGUUGUGUGGCUGUUACCUGUCGUCAUAUGACAGUCCUUCAUGGUCAAACUCCUGAUGAGAUUCCAAUACAGAUGGUGUUCAGAUUCAUGACAUCAGAGAAGAAACUAACUGUUGUGUGAAAUAUUUGUUCCAAAUUAGGUAUGAAAGGUUUAUUAAUAGUGAUGUGAGUAUUGUAUGUUUUCUAAAGAUAAAAUAGUAUGUUGUCUGUGUGUGUACUAUUACUGCUUUGCUUGGACGGCGGUAUAUUGGGCGUACGUGAAGUGGUAAAAAUUAUGACUAAAAUGUAAAUUUUUAUCAUAUCUACCAAAACAUAGUUCUUGUAAAUAUGUAUUUAAUAAUAAUGUUCAAUUUGUUUUGAUUUUGAUACAAAUAAUAUAAUAAUAACAAAUGUUUGAUGUAUUAAUCAAUUUGGCGAAGUUAACAAAAUUAAUAUAAUGACAUAUUAUAGUUAAUAGUUGUAGUUUAUAUUUGAGUGAAAUUUGUAACAUAAUAUUAAGUAAUAAUUACAGAUAAAUAAAUAAUAGACUGUUUAAAUCGA